AUGGCUGUUUACCAGACCUGGAAGACCUAUGGUUCUGGACCUCAUGUGGACUCUCUCAUCUCACAACCCAGACGUGAUGAGAUUCAGCAUCAUAAUGAGGAGCUAAGGAAAAAUAGAGAAAUGUUAAAUCUAACACAAGCUGUUCUAUAUUGA